GUGGGCUCACGGCCAAACCACAAGCUACAAAAUGCAGCCCCCGAAGUGAGCGGGGAAGCAUUCUCUCCAGCAGCCUGGACCAACGGGUAGUUGCGAGUAGCGGAGCAAGCACAGCCGGCCACUUGGAGAGUUUUUGCCGCUGUCCCAGAGCCACCUAGGCCAGCUUCGCGGCGCUACCCCGCGGAGGCAGAGGAGGCGGCUGCAGAGCAGAGGCGGCGAGCAGGCGCGGGGCCAGCAGCGAGCGGCACUGCUGGGGAGCGCACCCUCCCGCGGUCCGGGAGCCACGCGAACUCCGUGCCCGCACGCGCCAGCCCCGGCUCGCGCCUUUCUCAGCGUCCGGGGUGCCCGGCCUCUCCGCCCAGCUUCGGCUCUUCAGGGCCGCUGCAGACCGAGUUGCAGCAUGAAUCUGCGACUCUGCGUGCAGGCGCUGCUGCUGCUCUGGCUCUCCUUGACUGCUGUGUGUGGAGUGCCACUGAUGCUGCCUCCAGAUGGGAAAGGGCUAGAAGAAGGCAACGUGCGCUACCUGGUGCAGCCCAGAGCUUCGAGGACUGCACCAGGGCCCUGGCAGGGAGGCAGGAGGAAAUUCCGCAGACAGCGCCCCCGUCUCUCCCACAAGGGCCCCAUGCCUUUCUGAAUCAGGAUUGAAGGGUUCUGCAAGUGCUCGUCCGGUGCCAUUCUCUCUACUCCACAGAUUCGUUCUCUUCUCUGGAACUUUCACGUCUUGCACCUGUCCUAGCUGCCGAUGGUCCCGGCUCUUCUCACCCACCAAGUUCCUCUAGUGGCAUGGUCCCGCCCCUCAUUUGGACGACUCCGUUUCUCUCACAAGGAUCCAUUUGGCCCAUCUUCCUGGCCACUCCUUGGACUGCCGUUGGAGACCCUGCUUCUCCUCAGCCUGCUCCAUGUUCUAGUCCCUAUCCGUUGGCCUUAGCCUUCACCUGGCCCUUCCCUCUUCUCAUUAUCUUGGGAACUGGACAGGAACACUCCCUUCUUCAAGGGAUUCCUUCAUUCCUUCCAAACGCAUUCACACUUUCUUGUCAAUUAGACUUCUCACGUAAAACGGAGUACAGAGAUGUGCAACAAGAGACUUUGGUUGAGAGGGAUUGGGUGUUGGGAUCCAGAGAAGGCGCCUUGGGGACACUGAAAUGUGGGCAUGGUGAAGGGCUGAGGAGAAUAGCUGCCACGGCCUCUUUCUCAGCUCUCCCUGGCCCUGUCAGGGAAGAGGCAAAGGAGAGGGGCCCGUGAAGAAUUUUGUCACUGUGUCUUCUCCCGUCCUCAUUCUCUGCUCUGCAGCUAGUUCAGUCUCCAAGUCCCAAGGGGAGAGUGCUGAGCCUGACAUGGUUCUCUUCUCUCCUGGGAGUAAAAGCUAACUAAGCAGCAGAGCUGUUUUUUUGCCAAAAAAUAAAAAAUAAAAAUCACAGAAAGUCAGAGUCCAAAGGA